AUGGAGGACACAUUGCGCCGUGUAGGUUAUGAUAGCACUACUGGCAAAACUCACGCGCAGUUGGCACGACUAUGCCAGGUUUACAAACCACUAAGCCCUUCAAACACCGGUAAUGGAAGUCCAACGGAUUGUGUCCCACCCUCUCAAGAUCAAAACUCGCCAGUUAGGCCCAUCGCUCGGAAAGGUCUGACAGCUUCUUUGCACGCAGGGAAUUCCCACACCAUUGAUGAAGCGGAUGCGGAAGGAUUGGGAAACCCAACGGCCACAAAUCCUGAACAUCAUCAAGGAUCGGGGACAUUGGAUGCAAGUAACCAAACCGCAAGAUUGUCAGCCUCUUCCCCCGCAGGGCCUUCCCACACCAUUGACGAAGCGGCCGCAGAAAAAUUGGGAAACUCAGAUGCAAGUAACCAAACGGUCAAAAAUUGUGAACCUUGUCACGGAUCGGGAACCUUGGAUGCAAGUAACCAAACAGUGAGAAACGGAGCAGUUGACAACUUGAUAUUGUUGGAAACUCCAGACUCCAGUCCCGCAGUUGGUUCAGACUCUUGGGAUCAGAAAGUCAAGAGGGAGACCAUCCUCAUCAUUGCUCAGAAGCUCCUCAGAACCCCAGCUCGGAUGUUGAAAUGCAUGAUGAAGAGAAUGCUAACACUCUCACCCAACUUGAUGCAAAUUCCAUAG